AUGGCGGACGGAGAACGGGAUCAGAUGUUGGUGGAUUUUCAGGCCUGCACACAAAUAGAUGAUCUGGAAACAUGCAUAGCCAUUUUGGAGCAGAACAACUGGGAAUUGGUGAAAUCUAUACAAAGCGUGAUGCCACAAACGGACUGUGAGAUGUCAUCUGCGGGAGGAGAGCCUCCUCCCUACACCUUUCCCAACCAUACGGACCAAUCUGCCGUGUCUCCGGAAUUCCCUUCAGAAUUUCUACCCAGUCAUAAUUCAUUCUCUCCACUAAUGGAUCCUGGAUCUGCCUCUGGUCCCUACCCUGGACCCAGCUCCAGUUAUAGUUCUGGAAGACUUCUCAACUUCACUGUGGAAUACCGUGGGCGUAAUGUCACCGUUAAUGUGUUCGAUACAGAGACUGUGGGGAAGAUCAAAGAGGUAUUAUUUUCAGAGCUUGGGAUCCCUGUGAACAAGCAAGACCUGAGGGGUUGGUCUUCUAAGAAAGUUGAUGACAAGAAAUUAUUGCGUGACCUUCAACUACCACGAGAAAAUACAUUGUAUCUGUUGACCCCUGACCUCAACAAACCCUUUUCUAUGUCAUCCAGAAUCACACCAGAUUCUGACAGUUCCAAAGAAUUUGAGAAUUUCAUGCGAGACUACACUCUACACAUAACGUUUCGGGAAAACAGUAGAGCCAAAGAAUAUAACUUGAAAGUUCAGGGCAGUAAGACAGUGGGGGAGGUGAAGGGAGACAUCUACCACCUGACUAACAUACCAGCUCGGCACCAGGUGUGGAUAGGCUGGCCUGAAGCUGCAAACAAGGAUGAUGCAAUUACACUAGGAGCUUGUGGACUACAAUCACCUGUACAUGACCUAGAACUCACCAAAGCUAACAUUAUUGGAAAGCCUCACCAUACUGUACAGGACUCAUCAGAAAUAGACAUUAGUGAUGACGAUGAUGAAAAUAAUGACUCGUAUGCAGUAGAGGAAGACAUCUUUGAACAUGAAGAAUCCCAGAAUUGUCGAAAACAGACACCACUAAUGCCAGAAACUGUCGGUGAUCAAACAGAGGCCUUAGAACACUUCACACAUGAGUUCAGAGAAAGAUAUGGUGAGACACACCCAGUAUUUUUCGUUGGUUCAUUAGAAGGGGCGAUAAAGGAGUCUUUAUUAUGUAGGGCAAAGGAUAGGAAACUGCUAGCUGUUUAUCUUCAUCAUGAUAACAGUAUAUUAUCAAAUGUAUUCUGUUCUCAAAUCUUGUGUAUGGAGACCAUAGUGAACUAUCUGUGCAGUAACUAUAUAACAUGGGCAUGGGAUGUCACACAUGAAACAAAUAAUGCUAGGUUUAUAUCAAUUGCCAAAAAAGAAUUUGGGAGUAUAGUAGCUGCUCAAAUACGAGGCCAGAAGCCCGACCAGUUACCAUUGUUGAUGAUUGUAUCCCGAUCAAGAGCCAGCAACGAAGUCCUUGACAUGAUCCCAGGUACAGUGACACUGGAUGAACUGAUGAUGAGGUUGAUGCAGAAUGCAGAAAACUUUCAUCUUCAGCAGCAGGCAGACAUCAAAGAAGAGGAGGAAAGAGAAGCACGAGACAGCAUCAGACAAGAACAGGAAUUAGCUUUCCAAGAAUCACUGGCUACAGACAGAGCCAAGGCUGAAGCAAAAAGACAUGAGGAGGAGAUGGAACAAAUACGACAGAUGGAGGAGGAACGGAUGAAGAAGGAAGAGGAAGACAGGAAACAGGCAAUACAAGAGUCAGCACUUAUGCAUAUCCGAAAGGAGCCUCCAGAGACCUGUAAGGAAGCAGUGAGUCGGAUACGAAUCCGCACACCAAACGGUGAUAACAUACAACGGAGAUUCUAUGCCUCAGAUAAACUCAAGUACCUUAUAUAUUACAUCACAUCACAGGGCUUUCACACUGAGGAAUUCAAAAUUCUUACCACCUUUCCACGCAGAGAUGUAUCACAACUAGAUGAAGAAAAAACUUUAGAAGAAUUGAAAAUGUUUCCUCAAGAAACACUCAUUUUAGAAGAAAGACCCUGAAAUUCAUCUAGAUAUAAGUUUUAAAUACAGAAUCAAACCACAGUACAACAUUUACAUAUUAUUGUGAUAUAAAGUAUAUUUAUAGGAAUGGAACCCCGAUUCCUAUUGUAAUGGAUAACUUGAUGAUCUCCAUGUGGGGGUCAUCUCACAAGCAGAAUGAUAUCCAAUAUACAAAUCAAUGGAGGCUAAGUAGAUUCUGUGAUUUGUUAACCCUUACCUGUGUGUAAUAGACCCAGAGGAUGAAGUCGCUCUCUGUGGAUUCCUAAACAGAUUGUCUCAUUUGAGAAAUCCCAACUGCAAUAUUAACUGGACAAAUUUGUUCCAAAAAGGAGCCAUCUGGUCAUUUCAAGCUAUUAAGAUGUGAUCUGAAUUCAAAUACAGUAGAUUGCAAAAGGGAUCAUCUCACAGACCUUUUUGUUAGUUGAGAAAUCCUGACUGCGUUAUUCCAAUAUCAAGUCAUAUUGACUUCAGUUAUAUUUUCCAACAUGUUGGCAACAGGUGAAAGUUAAUUAGAUUUAAUAACUGUUUGAUACACGAAAGUGAUUCAGUCUUACAUUCAAAUUAAAGUAAAUUAUAUAGAAGUUUCUCACUUCUGAUUAGUUCAUGAACAGGUAGGAUUUAACUGUAAAUCUGUUAAUGAUGAAAGAUGGAUAUUUUAAAUUGGUGCCAUUGAAUCACAUUUGAAGAUGUAAAGUUGUCUCAUUGAAUUUUAAUAUUAUUGGUGUAUGACGUAAAUGUUGAGAAUUUUUUUUGUUAACGACUUGUCAGUAUAUGUGUUAUGGAACACGUCAAAAAUUAACUGAAGAUGUGGUAUUUUAUUACAUGAGUAAAGUAUGAUCGCUCUGGUGAUAUCUAUC